CGCAAAACCGGCCACAUUUCUUCCUUGCGCUUCGAGCCAAAUUUACCACUUUAUCCUUUUAGGUUCCCUAUUUAUAAAAACCCAGAACCGGAUGAGAUAUUUCACAUUAUCCUCCUCUUCGGCUCACCUUGUUCUUCUUCUACAGUUCUACUUGAGUUUUUCAACCAUGGACGUCAUUUCCCGGCAGCACCCGCAGUCGACUCUGAACCCGAACGCUCCGAUGUUCGUUCCGUCGGCUUAUCGGACGGUGGAGGACUUCUCCGCCGAGUGGUGGGCCCUGGUUCAGUCCUCCCCUUGGUUCCGCGACUACUGGCUCCAGGAGAACUUCCAGGAUCCCCAGAAUGACCCCUUCUUUUCCGAUAUUCCCGACGACUCCGACUACAUCGACGACCUCUUCGACGAGGAACACUACCCCACCGCCACCAACAACAACGCACAACCGGAGGUGGUGGAGGAGGAAGAAGAGGAGGAGAAAGACUAUCACAAGGAGCUGGUUUCGUUGGGACUGUUGAAGUGGCCGAAGGGUCGAGCUGUGGCGAAGGCGCCGAGGUUUAUAGAGAAAGCUCCGAAGAUUGUGAAUGUCAAAGUGAGUCCCAGGGCGAUUCAGCAGCCGAGGUAGACCGAGUUCAGCGACUCUUUUGACUCACCCGGUUUUGUAAAUACUAUGCAAUGAUUUUAGCUUUCGGAUCUUUGUAGUUCUUGUAAUUUGCAGCCCUUGUACUUUGUGUUUGAGCAAUAAAGAUAACUAAUUUCCGAUCAUGUUU